AUGUCACUUGAUGACAAGAAGGCAGUCAAGACAUGGAAUGACUCAGUCAAUCUUGUCGAUGGCCACUACCAGUUAGACAUACCAUUCAAGUCGGACACUCCAGAUUUGCCUGAGAACAGGAUUGUCGCAGAAAGGCGCUUGCAAUCCCUUGCCAAGCGGUUUACCAAGGACCCCGGUUUGCACUCAAGAUACUGUGCAGAGAUACAAAAUCUGUUGAGCAGAGGGUUUGCUGAGAGAGUGCCUGAGCACGAGCUGGCAUCAUCAACGGGACGAACUUGGUACUUACCUCAUCACUGCGUUCUGAACCCCAACAAGCCUGAAAAGCUUAGAGUUGUGUUCGAUUGCGCUGCCAGAUGCUGUGGUACUUCGUUAAAUGACAGAGUAUUACAGGGGCCGGACAUGAUGAACAAGUUAGUUGGAGUCCUUACCCGUUUCCAAGAGCACAAAGUUGGAUUGAUGGGAGACAUCGAGCAGAUGUUUCAUCAGGUUGGAGUCUCCAAGGAACACAGAGAUGUGUUACGAUUCCUAUGGUGGCCUGAAGGGGAUGCUACUCGACCUCCUGAAAUGUUUCGUAUGACGGUCCACCUUUUCGGAGGGGUAUGGAGUCCGAGUUGCGCUGCAUUUGCUCUUCGGCGAACGGCAGAUGACAACGAGGAUAUGUUCAGCAGUGAUGCAGUCCAGGCGGUAAAAGAGAACUUCUACGUUGAUGAUCUUCUUAAAUCCUUCAAGUUGGAGGAUGAUGCAGCAUUCAUGGUGAAGCAGCUGACGCACCUUCUAGCUAAAGGUGGCUUCCACUUGACUAAGUGGAUCUGCAGUAGCAGAAAUGUCAUGGAUUCCGUACCGACGGCUGAAAGAGCCAAGACAGUCACCGACUUGGACCUUGAUCAUGAACGUCUUCCUGUGGAAAGGGCCUUGGGAGUACGUUGGCAUACCGAAAGUGAUCAGAUUGGAGUCAAGAUAAAGUCAAGGCGAGGAUGUCACACUAAGAGAGGUCUGUUAAGCAUUCUGAGCUCCGUUUACGAUCCUCUUGGGUUCGUGUGUCCAUUUGUUCUGUUAGCCAAGCCCCUGUUCCAAAAUGAGUGUAGAAUAGUUGGGAAGGGCUGGGAUGAGCCAUUGGAAGUCAGUACGCAAGAUCAGUGGACCAGGUGGCUGGAUGAUCUUCCCAAGCUGGAGCAGUUUUCUGUUGAUAGGUGUCUGAUUCCUGUGAAGAUGGACCAGAUGCUCAGAAGAGAACUAAGGGUUCAGGUGAAAGGGUCAACGUUCUGGACAGACAGUACGGUGGUACUCCAGUACAUAAGUAACCAAUCAAAGCGUCUCCAAACGUUUGUUGCAAACAGAGUUGCCACAAUUCAUGAUGGAUCUACCGCCAGUCAGUGGAGAUAUGUCAAUACACAGCAGAAUCCUGCUGACGAUGCAUCUAGGGGGCUCGAUGCCCAGAGUAUGCUUGACAAGAUAAGAUGGAGAAAGGGUCCUGAUUUCUUGUGGCAGACUGAGGACAGUUGGCCUGUGACUCCACAAAUUCCUAGUCUGCAGGAAAAGGAUAAGGAAGUGAGAAAGGUAGCACUGUCCCGAGCCAUAGAUGUUGUUGACCAGGAUGACCCCAUUCACAGGUUGAUCAGCAGAUACUCGUCUUUGUAUCGUCUCAAAAGGGUGGUCGCAUGGGUGCUCCGCUUCAUAAAGUGGCUGCGACUCCAUAGGCCAAGGAACCUGGAUAAUGGAGAUAAGGGAAACCAGAGGUUGACUGUGGGUGAACUGCAAGAUGCGGAGCUGGCCAUAAUCAGGAGCGUUCAGAGAAGGCACUACAAGAAGGAGUUCCGUGAUUUGUUGGCGGGAAAGACUUCCGUGCAGAGACAGAGUCACGUGUAUAGUCUCGAACCAUGCGUAGAUGACCAUGGGGUAUUGAGGCUUGGUGGUAGACUGCGACACUCUCCAGUCGGGCCCACUUGCUAG